AUAGGUGUUGUGGUGGUAUCGGCCUACACAACAGAAACUUCCUGAUUAGAGUAAUUGAAACCGGACCAUAUCACCAUCUCCCGUUCUUCUCGUCUUUCUUUACCAUAUCCUCCUAAGCCAUUAUGCAACGGUUCCAGGCAGAGACGCUAUUCCAGCCAUCCAACUUGGUGGCUGCCAUCCAAGAGGCCAAUCAAGUCGACUCGGAUGGGAACCGGAAGCCUCUUUUCGGGUCGAUCAUGGCCUUUCCGCACCAGAAGGUCGCCCGCACCGUCGCGGUUCUCGGCUUGGAUUUUGUUAUGAUCGAUGCCCUACAUACUGCUAUCGAUGCAGAGAACUUAUACGCCCUAAUACAAACCAUCAAUUUCGUCAGCCAGGGACGCACCUGUGCUGUCGUGAGGGUGCCCAGCGCAGAGUCCCACCUCUUGGCAUACGCAUUGGACGCAGGGGCAUCGGGCAUCAUCUUCCCCCAUGUCGACACAGCAGCGGAGGCAGCGGCCGCUGUGAAAAAGGUGCGCUAUGAGUAUUCGGGUGGUGAACGGUCGCUGUCUCCGUGUGCUCUUCUGAACGGCAUCACGGAUAUGGCACCACCUGGGUGGUCAGCUGAGAGGAUCGCAGACCGGAACAUUGCCGUAAUCUGCCAGAUUGAAAGCGCGGUCGCUGUAGAAAACGUGGACGAAAUCGCUAGAAUCCCAGGCGUGCACUCUCUGAUGCUUGGUGCCGGAGACCUACGGGUAUCUCUGGGGCUCCCGUCUCGAACACCGCCAGGCACGCCCGAAGACCCGCGUUUCUUCGCCGCAGUAGAGAAGCUCAUCGCGGCCGCGAACGCCCACGACAAGGCCCUCAUGACCGUUGCCUUCAAGACAAACGCCAACGAUGCGGGCUGGCUCCGCAACUUCAGCCUCGUCUUGACCAGCGCCGACAUUGUGAGCGUGGUUAAAGGACACAAGGAGGAUUUGGCCCGCACGAGGGAGCUGCUCAAGAACGCCCGAUCUGACAAGAAGGUAGUCGUCAAGACACGGGCGAACGGCCAUGCGAAUGGGAUGGUGAAUGGCCACUCCAAAGAAAAAUUGAAUGGAAGUCAUGCCGAAGACGAGAAACCGAACGGUCAAGUCAACGGAGACCUGUAACGGUCGUUCCAGAGGAGAUGCGAAUGGACACGGUAACAGUCCCCUUUACAGCGUCUCGGAGUCUCAGCGAGACUGCGCUGUUUCUGGCGCAGAGCACCUGCGCCAGGGCAUUACAGCUUGAGUUGUUUUUGAUGCGGAAAUGAGAGAAAACCUUGACGCUCAUUGUCAGUGGCAUGUCCAUAAUGUCGAAUUACUUUGUGUCUUGGGUCAGUGUAUUCGUAAUUAAUAAGGUACCCGUGCACUUCCAAUUAUUAGGUACCUGAGGCCAAGUGCCUUCGCCAAGAAAUGAGCAG